GGCAUUAUCAAACGAUACUGCAUUUUUUUUCAAGAUUCCAAUCUUUUAGACAUUUCAACCGCCUCCGUGCAAUUUCCUGUCACUGACGGCUCACCACUUCUGCAGGAGCGAUAUCCGGUAGCGAAAGAGUCAUGCAAGCUGGACAGAGAUAAGGGCUGGGCUUGUCAAGGGGAGAAGCCCUCAGUAAGGUUCUACUUCGACUACCGAACAUUCUCGUGUCUAGCAUUCCAGUACCUUGGCUGUGGUGGGAACGAAAACAACUAUCGAACAUCAUCGGCUUGUAGCUCAGAUUGCAAGCUCGCUGAUCUGUCUGGCUGUUCCGGCAUGUACCCACCAGCUCGGCUGUCAAAUGGACAACCGAUGAUUUGUGGCCCCGGUACUCCAGCAAUGAUCCACCCA